GGCGGAACAGCGGGCAUCGAGUCUGGCAAGACUGCGGGCACCGAGUCGUCUGGCAAGACUGCGGGCACCGAGUCGUCUGGCAAGACUGCGGGCACCGAGUCGUCUGGCAAGACUGCGGGCACCGAGUCGUCUGGCAAGACUGCGGGCACCGAGUCGUCUGGCAAGACUGCGGGCACCGAGUCGACUGGCGGAACAGCGGGCACCGAGUCGUCUGGCAAGACAGUGGGCACCGAGUCAACAGGCACGACAGUGGGCACCGGGUCAUCAGGUAUCGGAUUGUCUGGCUCGACAGCGGGCAUCGGGUCACCAGGCAUCAGGUCAUUUGGCUUGCCAGCGGGCACCGCGUCAUCUGGCAAGGCAGUGGGCACCGGGUCACCAGGUAUGACAGCGGGCUCUGAGUCAAUUGGCACGACAGCGGGCACUGGAUCAGGUACCGGAUCAUCUGGAUCAACAGCGGGCAUCGAGUCAACUGGC